UCUUCUUCUCCUUCGCUGUCACGCAUCCUGCUCCCGGGUCCAGUUCUCUGGCUCCGAUUCUCCCUCUUCCCUCAACCUAAAGAUCCGAAUCUAGGGAGCGGGUUCCACCACCAGAUUCUCGCGGGGACCUCGCAACAACCUUUCUCCUCUCAUCGCCUUCGGUUGCGGGAUCCCUCAGCGUUCUCUCUCGGAGGCUUGGUGGCCAGUCCGUUCGUGCCUCAUCCAGCCUCCGGAGUUCCGCCUGGUUCGGUUGCGCUGCUUGGUUCGGUGUCUGUGGAGUGGAGGCGAACUCUCCGGGAGACGGGUUCCGUCUGAGCAACUCUCGAUUUCCCGUUGCUUUCUCCCUCCCUCCCCUUUUGAUUCCGCCGAGAAGCAACCGUUUUGUGGAUAAUUACGCGCGAUUUCGUUUGUUCCACUCGACCCGGCUGGGUUGCUUUCCCUUAAAGGCGGCGCCUUUGCCAACCAACUUUUGGUGAGAGAGAUGUACUAUAUUGGAUCUAGUUCUUGCAGAGGAUAGGAUUUUCCUCGGCGAUUUUUCUGUUGGCUUUGUCUAUCCUGUUUGAUUCUGCUUAGUUUUGCCCCCCAAUUUUUACCGGGAUCAAGAGGAUCCAAGAAUUCUUUGAUUUCCUUCCCCAAUGGCCAUGUCUCUUACCCGCUUCUCCCAGUGGAUAUGGCCGGGGAGCAGAACUAGAAGCAGAAGGGGCCGGGAGCCGCCGGCGGCGAGCACGGCCGUGGCGAACGGCCUGUUCCCGGACUCCCCGUCCGGGUUCCGGGAGCCGGACGCCGUCGGGCACCCGGGCUCCGGCGCGGCGCGGCAGCGACAGGGCAAGAGCCGGCGGCGCGGCGGCCGCGGGGAGGCGAGGGCCGACGGGGAGCACGGCAUGGUCAUCGUCCAGUCCGACGGCGACGGCUGCCUGUCGGACUCCGACUCCGACGGUUCCGACUGGUCCAUCGGCUGGCUCGAGCCGCUCGCGCCGGACCUCCAGAGCGACGGGGACUCCGAGGGCAGCUUCGCCGUCCUCGUCCCGUGCUACCGGCGCGGCCGCGUUCAGAGGUCUGCUCGUACUGACGGCAGGUUCCCUGGUGCUAUUGGUGUCGCCAAUGGCGGCGUUUCUGAUAACAAGAAUUUUGUAGAGCAAUGGGUGUCUUCACUUCAAAACUGAUUUAUCCAAUUCCAUUCUUUGCUGGCUUCAAUGUAUAUAGUACUGUUACAUUCAUAUUCCCCAUGUGUAAAACAUAUCGAUGAAGGAAGAGAUGAAACCCAGAACAGCAAAUCAAGAGGACAGAAUGGUAGCAGUGGAAUUUAAAACAUCAAUGAAUGGGUGCAUCAUCCUUCCUGAGGUUUCAAGGCUAUGGUAUUCCUGCAGAAUAAGAAAUCACGAGAACCAUGAUGUGUGAUUGGUAUGCAAUGUUAUUGGCAUUUCUGGCAAUGGAGCAAUGGGUUGAUGGCCAUUUUCUUAUAUAAACUCUAGAACUACCUAUAUCACUAUCACGGCAUUUGCAUCAUUGGUAUGAUGGUGAUUCUUCUGUAUAUAUGUAUUCAUGAACAACGGGAACUGAACACCUACGGAUUCUACAUAUCUUCUGUAUCUAAUUUAUUUACUGUUUGAAUUGCUUUAACUGUCAAA